CCAUCACUGGUGUACUGUCUCCUCGGACGCUUACUUCUGUGGUGGAGAGCAUCUGGAGAGGGACGAACCCGAGACAAGUCGACUUCUUUGAUUGGCUGCUCAGUCUACGUCAAUCAUUUGACAGAUUUUUUUUUUUUAGCGAACACUGCAAUGUCCCUCAGUGUGAGACCCUCUUCUCUGUGAGACCCUCCUCUCUGUGGACUCCGCGGAUCAGUCUGUAGUAGAAGGGGCCACCAGCUGCUGCCCGAGAGGACCUUUCUCCACACGGCUCUGUGCUACGCUGUAGCUCGGGACAUUCUUCUGGCUUCACGCGGGACAAACCGACAAAAUGACUCAUUUCAACAAGGGGCCAGCCUACGGACUGUCUGCUGAAGUCAAAAGCAAAAUUGCUCAGAAAUAUGACCCACUAAAGGAGGAGGAACUGCGCUUCUGGAUUGAGGAGAUGACGGGAAUGUCUAUUGGAGAGAACUUCCAGAAGGGGUUAAAGGAUGGAGUCAUCCUCUGCGAGUUGAUUAAUAAGCUGAAACCGGAUUCAGUAAAGAAAACCAACUAUUCACAGUUGAACUGGCACAAGCUGGAAAACCUUGGGAAUUUCAUCACAGCUAUCCUGGCUUAUGGUCUAAAGCCCAAUGACAUCUUCGAGGCCAAUGACCUAUUUGAAAAUGGGAACAUGACUCAAGUCCAGACCACACUGCUCGCACUGGCAAGCAUGGUGAGUGAACAGACAGUAUAGAAGGUUAUUGGCUUCUGAAGAACACAUUUUAUGCUUAUAGGUCAAAAAUCGAUCUGACAUUUUUUUCUAAAGGUGUGAAAUAAUGAGAAAUUACCCCCAAAAUUUGUAUAAAUUAACUUGACUGGCAUGAAUGACAGAUUAAUGAAUGAAUUGACGAAUCAUGAACAUUUCUGGAGGGACGUUUCAUUCUGUUAGAACCGAGCAUUCAGUUGUACACUGCUUUCAUUAUGUUAUAAAAUUUGUGACACUUUCCUUCAGGCGGGCAUGUCAGCUCCUGGUACCAGAAGAGACAUCUUUGACCAGAAGGUGGCGCAACAGCCACUGGACAACUCCACCAUCUCCCUUCAGAUGGGCACCAACAAGGUGGCAUCCCAGAGGGGCAUGAGUGUGUACGGUCUUGGUCGACAGGUCUACGACCCCAAGUACUGCGCUCCCCCAACAGAGCCAGUCAUUCAUGCUAAUGGCAGUCAGGGCACUGGCACCAACGGCUCUGAGAUCAGCGACAGUGACUAUCAGGCCGAGUUCCAGGAGGACGAGUACCAUGGAGGUUACCAUGACAACUACAGCUCCCAUUACAAUGACCAGGGCAUUGACUAUUAGUGGUGACCUUCACCUCAAGAGCAGUAUUAACAAGUGUAUUUUAUCAACACAACAGAGCAAGUAUUUUGCUAUCCUCACUAGUCUUUUCUCUCGAAGCAUAAAAUGAAUUGGUGCCUCAAGUGUUUUCCUUCUUCACCUCGACUCUAUCAUCUGAGCAGGAAAGGUUUUAAGAAGUUGUAGUAUCAUAGAAUUUUGAGAAAUACAGUGAUGAACAUGUUUUUAAGCUGAAGAGCAAUCAUUUAAUAGCCACUUUUUAAAAGAUGGAACACUGAAGUAGUGAUUACUUUGUUGACAGAUGGUGUAGUAGCAUUAGAUGUAGCUGCUGCAUUCCAAUGUUCAUGGACUGAAACUUCGCUGAUCCGUUCCCAUGUGUAAUCCUUAACAAUAGUCUGAUUUCUGUGUCUUCUCCCUCUGUGUUCUGUCUGUAUUCAUACACCCAGCCACAGUUUGUGAUACUGUUAUUCCUGAUGUCUUUUUGUGCCACAUUUAAUCACUAGAUAGUUUUUCUCAAAGUGGUGAGCAUGUAAAUCCUGAUGGCUGUCAGAUAGUGCAGAUGACCAAUUUUAUAGCUAGACUUCCAUGUUCCACAUUACCUAUAUUUUCAUAUCUUACCCCUUGUAUUCCUAAACAGUAUUUAUUGUGGUGACUCAUUGCAAAACAGUCCACUGUUAUAUGGUUUGUAAAGAAAAUGGUAUGUUAUAAAUAAAACGUCAAAUUCUCAAUUCCGAAA